CCAGUGCCGAUACCCCCGAGAUAAGACUGGAGCUGCUCUCCCUCCCGUCUCUGAGGAUGAAGACCCUCUUCGCCUUUCUGCUCCUGGUGGUCUCCGUCACCCUGGAUGUCGAGGGUCUCAAUGCAACCUCUGCGGUCCAGUCCGAUGGCCAGUCGUUUGAUAUACCCACUCUUUGCUGCUAUGCUUUCAUGACACAUCAUAUCCCGCUGAGCCUGUUGAAAUCUUUUGAAUACACCAGCAGCGGUUGCAGCCAGCCGGGCGUCGUAUUCAUCACAAAAAGAGGCAUAAAGACCUGUGCCAACCCGUUAGAACAAUGGGUCCAGGAUUACAUCCAUGCCCUCUCCCCGCCUUGAAUGGCCUCCGUGUAAGCAGAGAGCAUGUCUCCCCCAUCGACAGAGGCCCAUAACCAGUUUUGACCAAAGGAGAAACCAUUAUUAAA